AUGGCUGGAAGUAUUGUCCACGAUAAAGUUCAGCCGUUUGCACAACCAGUGCCAGCCACCGUCUCCGAGACGGUGGCCAUCACAUUCAAGCCGAGGCUCAAGGGCACCGGGUCGCCCAGUGGAGGCUGCAAAGGAUCACACCUGGGCUCUCAGAUCUACGGUCGAGCUGCUUGGCAUAAGGGUCUCUGGGCAAUCAUAUACGCAUGGUAUUUCCCAAAGGAUAGACCGUCAUGGCUAUUCACAGAGGGACAGCGCCACGACUGGGCCAACGUGGUUGUGUGGCUUGACAACCCAGCAGUCGAAAACCCAGCGAUGAUUGGUGUGUCACCCUCCUCGAUCAACUACCUUGAAGAUGGCAACAACCACGGGCUUCACACCGUGGACAUAACCUGGAAAUCUGGUGGUGAAUUUCAGGACCUCAUCAUGUGGGAACAGCUGACAGACUCUGCGCACGUCGCUCUCAACAACACCGAUUUCGGCGGGCGUGCCAAAGUACCAUUCAACGAUGCCGACUUCAUAUUGAAUCUACAGAAUGCGUGGCCGUAUUAA